CCUCCGCUGAGCGCAGCGCGGCCGAGCCGGCAGGAUGACGGUGGAGUUCGAGGAGUGCAUCAAGGACUCGCCCCGGUUCCGGGCAACCAUCGAUGAGGUGGAAACGGAUGUGGUGGAGAUCGAGGCCAAGCUUGACAAGCUGGUGAAGCUGUGCAGCGGGAUGCUGGAGGCGGGCCGGGUGUACCUCACCACCAACAAACACUUCGUCAGCGGCGUGCGGGACCUGGCGCAGCAGUGCCGCAAGGACCAGAUGAUCUCGGAGUGCCUGGAUAAAUUUGGGGACAGCCUGCAGGAGAUGAUCAAUUAUCACAUGAUCCUGUUUGACCAGGCCCAGAGGUCGGUCCGGCAGCAGCUGCACAAUUUUGUCAAAGACGACGUGAGGAAGUUCAAGGAGACCAAGAAGCAGUUCGACAGGGUGCGGGAGGACAUGGAGAUCUCGCUGGUGAAGAACGCGCAGGCGCCGCGGCACAAACCGCACGAGGUGGAGGAGGCCACGGGCACCCUGAGCAUGGCCAGGAAAUGCUUCAGGCACCUGGCCCUGGACUACGUGCUGCAGAUCAACGUGCUGCAGGCCAAGAAGAAAUUCGAGAUCCUGGACGCGAUGUUGUCCUUCAUGCACGCCCAGUUCACCUUCUUCCAGCAGGGCUCCAGCCUCCUGCACGAGCUCGAGCCCUACAUGAAGAAAUUGGCCACCGAGCUGGACCAGCUGGUGAUCGCCGCGGCCGUGGAGAAGCGCGAGAUGGAGCACAAGCACGCGCUGAUCCAGCAGAGGACCCUGCUGCAGGACUUCUCCUGCGAGGAGCCCAAGGUGGAAUUCAACGUGGAUGCUCCCAGCGGGGUGGUGAUGGAAGGUUACCUGUUCAAGAGAGCCAGCAACGCCUUCAAAACGUGGAACAGGAGGUGGUUUUCCAUCCAGAACAGCCAGCUGGUCUACCAGAAGAAGCUAAAGGACGUGCUGACCGUGGUGGUGGAGGACCUGAGGCUCUGCACGGUCAAACCCUGCGAGGACAUCGAGAGGAGGUUCUGCUUCGAGGUCGUCUCCCCCACCAAGAGCUGCAUGCUGCAGGCUGACUCGGAGAAGCUGCGCCAGGCCUGGAUCCAGGCUGUGCAGGCCAGCAUCGCCUCCGCCUACCGCGAGAGCCCCGACUGCUACUACAUCGAGAGGCUGGACAGGACAGCCUCCCCCUCCACCAGCAGCAUCGACUCGGCCACGGAUUCGCGUGAGCGCGGCGGGAAGGGGGAGACGAUCCUGCAGAGAGUGCAGAGCGUCCCUGGGAACGAGCAGUGCUGUGACUGCGGGCAGCCGGACCCUCGCUGGGCCAGCAUCAACCUGGGCAUCCUGCUCUGCAUCGAGUGCUCCGGGAUCCACAGGAGCCUGGGUGUUCACUGCUCCAAGGUCCGAUCCCUCACGCUGGAUUCCUGGGAGCCAGAGCUGCUGAAACUGAUGUGUGAGCUGGGCAACAGCACCAUGAACCAGAUUUACGAGGCGCAGUGUGAGGAGCUGGGGCUGAAGAAGCCAACAGCAGGGAGCUCCAGGCAGGACAAGGAGGCCUGGAUCAAGGUGAAGUACGUGGAGAAGAAGUUCCUGAAGAAGCUGCCGGGCGGGGAGGCGCUGGCCGAGAGCGAGCGCAAACCGCGCCGCUGGUGCGUCAAGAAGUGCCAGAGGCAGCAGAGCGGCUGCAGGGCACCCGCGGCGCGCAGGAAAUUCCGCCAGGAGCCCGGGAGCGCCUCGCCCGCCACGCUGGCCUCAGCAGCCACCCUGGAGAGGAAAUUCCGCCGGGAUUCCCUGUUCUGCCCCGACGAGCUGGACUCCCUCUUCUCCUACUUCGACACGGGCGCCGGCUCCGGCCCUCGCAGUCUGAGCAGCGACAGCGGCCUGGGAGGGAGCACCGACGGCAGCGGCGACGCGCUCGGCUUCGGCGCCGUGGUGGACAGCGUCACCGAGGAGGAGUGCGAGGUGUCGGAGGACUCGAGCGGGGAGGCCGAGCUGGAGCAGGAGGCGUCGGACGCGGAGGAGGCUCGGGAGCUGCACGCGGGGCUGGCUCUGAGCCGCGCGGCGCGGGGCCGGGCGCUGCCGCUGCUGGCCGCCGCGCUGGCCCACGGCGCCGACGUCAACUGGGCCAACGAGGAGGACGAGGGCAAAACGGCCCUGAUCCAGGCUGUCAGCGGGGGCUCCCUGCUCGCCUGCGAGUUCCUGCUGCAGAACGGGGCCGACGUGAACCAGCGGGACGCGCGGGGCCGGGCGCCGCUGCACCACGCCACCUCCCUGGGCCACACCGGGCAGGUGUGCCUGUUCCUGAAGCGCGGCGCCACCCAGGACGCCCCGGACGGGGACGGGCAGGACCCGCUGAGCAUCGCGGUGAGCGCGGCCAACGCCGACAUCGUCACCCUGCUGCGCCUGGUGCGGAUGAACGAGGAGAUGCGGGAGGCCGAGGGGCCCCUGGGCCAGCCCGGCCAGUACCCGGGCAGCAGCCCCACGGAGCUGCAGUACAGGAAAUGCAUCCAGGAGUUCAUCAGCCUCAACAUCGACGAGAGUUAGGGGCAGUGCCCCGGCCGGGCGGGAUCCCUGCACCGCCCCACCCUUGGAUAUUUGGGAUAUUCCGUGUUUUCCCUGCUGGUUGUGAUGCCUGCACCACCCCCCCUCCGGGGUCGAGCUUGCCCGCAGGAGUUUUUUGGUUGUUUUUUUUUUUUUCCUGUGGGGUUUGAGUUCUCAUGUUUGACUACUGGAUGGUUGAAUUUGUAUUUUUGAGGUUUUUUUUUUUUUUGGAGUAGGAGCCUCCCAGGGUGUGACCACGGGGUGUGGCACGUGGGAUGGAGCAUGUGUGGGAGAUGAGCUUAGGGGUUAAAGAAACAACAAAAAAAAAGGAAAAAAAAAAGGAAAAAAAAUCAAAAAGAGAAGAAAAGGAAAAACCUUCGUGACCAGGAGAGAGCCGCCAACAGCAGGAGCAGACAAAGCUGUCCCUGGAGAGUUGGCUUGGAAUUGUGGCAGGGAUCGUGGCACAGAGCCUGCUCUGCCCCGGCAGGACUCCGAGGUGCCCUCCCAGGCUGGUUUUGGGGCAGGGCUGCUCCGGAGGCCCAGUGGGAUCAGGAUCAGGAUCAGGAUCGGGAUCGGAAUCGGGAUCAGGAUCGGGAUCUCCGGCUCCUCGCCUGUCGCUGCUCUCAGGACUGGACCAGCCACGCUCCCCUCGACGCUGCCCUGGCUGCUCAAAGCCAUCACUUCAUCCCGCAGCAUUCCUGCCAGGAUUCCCAUCCCGCAGCAUUCCUGCAAGGAUUCCCAUCCCACUGGAUUCCUGCAAGGAUUCCCAUCCCGCAGCAUUCCUGCCAGGAUUCCCAUUCCGCUGGAAUGCCCAGAAGGAUUCCCAUCCUGCUGGAAUUCCUGCAAGGAUUCCCAUCCCACAGCAUUCCUGCAAGGAUUCCCAUUCCGCUGGAAUGCCCAGAAAGAUUCCCAUCCCACUGGAUUCCUGCAAGGAUUCCCAUCCCACAGGAUUCCUGCCAGGAUUCCCAUCCCGCAGCAUUCCUGCAAGGAUUCCCAUCCCACUGGAUUCCUGCAAGGAUUCCCAUCCCGCAGCAUUCCUGCAAGGAUUCCCAUCCCACUGGAUUCCUGCAAGGAUUCCCAGCUCACUGGAAUUUCUGGAAGGAUUCCUAUCCUGCUGAAACACCCAGAAGGAUUCCCAUGCUGCAGGAUUCCCGGAAGGGUUCCGGUCCCACUGGAAUUCCCGGAAGCAGCAGCGCUGAUCCCCGUCGCUGGCGAUGGGCUCGGGGCAGGGAGGGAAGCCAGCUCCAGCUGCUCGGUGCAAUUUCACAGAAUCCCAUUAUCCCAGAAUCCAAUUAUCCCAGAAUCCCAUUAUGCCAGAUUCCCAUGAUCCCAUUAGCCCAGAUCCCCAUAAUCCCAGAUCCCAUGAUCCCAGAAUCCCAUUAUCUCAGAUUCCCAUUAUCCCAGAAUUCCAGAUCCCCAUUAUCCCAGAUUUCCAUUAUCCCAUUAUCCCACUUCCCCAUUACUAAGAUCCCAUUGCCCAUUACCCAGAUCCCAUUAUCCCAUUUUCCCGUUAUCCCAUUAUCCCAUUUCCUGUUACCCAGAUCCCAUUUUCCCCAUUAUCCCAUUUUCCCUUUAUCCCAUUUCCCCGUUAUCCCAGAUCCCAUUUCCCGUUACCCAGAUCCCACUUCCUGUUAUCCCAUUUCCCCGUUAUCCGAUUUCCCAUUCCCCAUUUCCCGUUACCCCAUUUCCCAUUAUCCCAUUACCCCAUUCCCCGUUACCCCAUUUCCCAUUAUCCCAUUACCCCAUUCCCCGUUACCCCAUUUCCCAUUAUCCCGUUAUCCCAUUUCCCGUUACCCAGAUCCCAUUUCCCCAUUACCCCAUUCCCCGUUACCCCAUUAUCCCGUUAUCCCGCUAUCCCAUUCCCUGUUAUCCCAUUCCCCGUUACCCCAUUCCCCAUUACCCAGAUCCCAUUGUCCCGUUAUCCCGUUAUCCCGUUACCCCGUUAUCCCGCUAUCCCAUUAUCCCGUUACCCCAUUAUCCCAUUAUCCCAUUCCCUGUUACCCCAUUAUCCCAUUAUCCCGUUACUCCAUUCCCUGUUACCCCAUUAUCCCGUUACCCCAUUCCCCGUUACCCAGAUCCCGUUUUCCCGUUACCCCGUUAUCCCGCUAUCCCAUCCCCGCUGUCCCCAGGCUGCAGGACGCUCUCCGGGCCCAGCCCCAGCCCCGCCUCGGCCCCGUGUCCGCUCUGCUCCCGGCCCUGGCACGGGGAUUUGGCUCCUCGGGCUCCCCGCGGGUGUCACCCCCGCAGGGCACAGGCGGUGCCCUUGUCCCGGCUGGCACUGUCACCUCCUCGGGUGUCACCCCCGCAGGGCACAGGCGGUGCCCUUCCCUUGGCUGUCACUGUCACCUCCUCGGGUGUCACCCCGGCAGGGCACAGGCGGUGCCCUUGUCCCGGCUGUCACUGUCACCUCCUCGGGUGUCACCCCCGCAGGGCACAGGCGGUGCCCUUCCCUUGGCUGUCACUGUCACCUCCUCGGGUGUCGCCCCCGCAGGGCACAGGCGGUGGCCUUGCCCCGGCUGUCACUGUCACCUCCUCGGGUGUCACCCCCGCAGGGCACAGGCGGUGCCCUUCCCCCGGCUGUCACUGUCACCUCCUCGGGUGUCACCCCCGCAGGGCACAGGCGGUGGCCUUGCCCCGGCUGUCACUGUCACCUCCUCGGGUGUCACCCCCGCAGGGCACAGGCGGUGCCCUUCCCCCGGCUGUCACUGUCACCUCCUCGGGUGUCACCCUCGCAGGGCACAGGCGGUGCCCUUGUCCCGGCUGUCACCGUCACCUCCUCAGGUGUCACCCCGGCAGGGCACAGGCGGUGCCCUUGUCCCGGCUGGCACCGUCACCUCCUCGGGUGUCACCCCCGCAGGGCACAGGCGGUGCCCUUCCCCCGGCUGUCACCGUCACCUCCUCCGGCCGCCGCAGCCGCCGUCCUGCCCGUGCUGCUGCCCUUGCACCAGGAGCGUAAAAACCAGGGUGUAAGGCUAAAGAAAGCAGGGUCUGAAAGUUCUAAAAGCCAGGUUUAAAAAUUCUAAAAGCCAGGUUUAAAAGUUCUAAAAGCCAGGGUUUAAAAGUUUUCAAAGCCAGGGUUUGAAAGUUCUAAAAGCCAGGUUUCAAAGUUCUAAAAGCCAAGGUUUAAAAACUCAAAUAGCCAGGUUUAAAAAGUUAGAACACCAGGGUUUAAAGGCUAAAAUAGUCUGGGUUUAAAAGUUUUAAAAGCCGGGGUUUAAAAGUUUAAAGCCAGGGCUGAGCAGUGUCCUGCAGCUCUGGCUCAGCUAGGAUGGGGCUGGGAGCUGAUCCUGCUCCUAAACCCACCCUAAAUCCCAGUCCUGCAAUCCUGGCCCAGUUAGGAUGGGGUUGUGAGCUGAUCCUGCUCCUAAACCCAGCCUAAAUCCCAGUCCUGCAAUCCUGGCUCAGCUAGGAUGGGGCUGGGAGCUGAUCCUGCUCCUAAACCCAGCCUAAAUCCCCGUCCUGCAAUCCUGGCCCAGUUAGGAUGGGGUUGUGAGCUGAUCCUGCUCUCAAACCCAGCCUAAAUCCCCAUCUCCCUGCAGCAGCACCCCCAGAUCCCUGUGGCACCCCCAGCCCGGCCCCUGGAGCGCUCCAGGAGCCCAAAUCCCGCUCUGGUCCCAGCCCGGGUCUGGCACAGCCCCGCCAGGAAUUCCUUCUCCGGCCCCGCCGGGAAUUCCCUCUCCUGCCCCGCCGGGAAUUCCCUCUCCAGCCCCGCCGGGAAUUCCCUCUCCUGCCCCGCCGGGAAUUCCCUCUCCAGCCCCUCUGAGAAUUCCCUCUCCAGCCCCGCCGGGAAUUCCCUCUCCAGCCCCACCGGGAAUUCCCUCUCCAGCCCCGCCGGGAAUUCCCUCUCCAGCCCCUCUGAGAAUUCCCUCUCCAGCCCCGCCGGGAAUUCCCUCUCCAGCCCCACCGGGAAUUCCCUCUCCAGCCCCGCCGGGAAUUCCCUCUCCAGCCCCUCUGAGAAUUCCCUCUCCAGCCCCGCCGGGAAUUCCCUCUCCAGCCCCACCGGGAAUUCCCUCUCCAGCCCCGCCGGGAAUUCCCUCUCCUGCCCCGCCGGGAAUUCCCUCUCCAGCCCCGCCGGGAAUUCCCUCUCCUGCCCCGCCGGGAAUUCCCUCUCCUGCCCCGCCGGGAAUUCCCUCUCCUGCCCCGCCGGGAAUUCCCUCUCCGGCCCCACCGGGAAUUCCCUCUCCAGCCCCUCCCCGUCUGAGCCCGGCCCCACCACUCCGGGCUUUUCUUGGUGCUGAUUCCCCCUCGAGCCCUGGAAAUCCUUCCAGGGUCCUUCAGAGCUCUUGAGAGUGGAGGAGAAUUCUCGCAUUUGGGAGAGAAAGAGAAUUCCUUCACAUUUGAGAGCAAAGGAGAAUUUUCACAUUUGGCAGCAAAGGAGAAUUUUCACAUUUGGGAGCAAAGGAGAAUUUUCACAUUUGAGAGCAAAGGAGAAUUUUCACAUUUGAGAGCAAAGGAGAAUUUUCACAUUUGGGAGCAAAGGAGAAUUCUCACAUUUGGCAGCCAAGGAGAAUUCUCACAUUUGAGAGCAAAGGAGAAUUUUCACAUUUGGGAGCUAAAGGAGAAUUCUCACAUUUGGGAGCUAAAGGAGAAUUUUCACAUUUGGGAGCAAAGGAGAAUUUUCACAUUUGGGAGCAAAGGAGAAUUUUCACAUUUGGGAGCAAAGGAGAAUUUUCACAUUUGGGAGCAAAGGAGAAUUCUCACAUUUGGGAGCUAAAGGAGAAUUUUCACAUUUGGGAGCUAAAGGAGAAUUUUCACAUUUGAGAGCAAAGGAGAAUUCUCACAUUUGGGAGCUAAAGGAGAAUUUUCACAUUUGGGAGCAAAGGAGAAUUUUCACAUUUGGGAGCUAAAGGAGAAUUUCUCCACUCUCGAGGGCGAAGGAGAACUUUCACCAUUUUUUCACCACUUCCCGAUUUUCCCCAGGAGAACCCCUCGCUCCUGCCCAGCUCGUGGAUUUCAGCACGGUCAUCAUUUGAUCUUUUUUAACCCUGUACAACCAAACUUCAGACUGGUUUUCAAACCCCUCCCUGCUUCUCCCAGCUUUUUUAGCACUUACAAACCCGACGGAUCCUUCUGAGAACCGAGGAAAACCGCGGCUUCCGCUUCUUGGGUCGUUUUAUUUCACUUUUUUUUUUUUUCCUGGGAAUUCUGGCCAGGAAAUCCUGGCCAGGCCUCACCCUGGAAGCUCAAGACUCACUGCUGGAGUUGGAAAAAAAAAAGAAAAAAUGUAAAUAUCGGUGCAAAAAGCAGCGUCUUGCCAGACAAUGGAUUUAUUGAGCGCGUAUUGGUACUUUCAAUAUUUCGAGUCAAUGUAUAAAAAGCAACUUGGUGCACUUUUCCUACCUGACAGUAUUUUGGGGGGGGACUUUUAUUGUUCUUUUGUUAUGGGUUUUGUGCUGUCUUUUUUAAUCCGUGGAAUUGUUAAGUAUUUAAUUUAUUCUUAUUAUUGAUGUGCCCAGAGGACUAGUGCAAUUUUUAUUCAAUACAGUCGGUCUGUAUUUAAUUGUCAGGAUUUUUUCCCCCCCAACCCCUGUAGAGUUUUUAGGGAAAUAUUUUUCCAAAAUUGCCUUUUUUUUUUGUUCCCCCUUUUUUCCCCCCCUCACUCCUUUUCCCUCUGUGUUCCCAUCACAGCUCCUGAGGCGCCCGAAGCCUCGAAUUUGAGAUAAACCCCAACACCCCCGAGCCCCCAAACCAAAAAUUUCUCCAGGAAAAACACGUGAAGGAUGCACUUCUCCCCGUU